CACACACACACACACUGAGCUCUCAGAUUGCUGCACUCAGUGUCUGUAAAGUCACUAUGCCAGAGACAGACACACACACACACACACACACACACACACAAACGCAUGUGUACACACAGAGCACAGACAUCCUUCUUCCUUCUUUCCUUUCUUUUAACGUAAAAAAAAACAACGUGAUGGAUUUAACCUUGGAUCUGUUUUAAUUUUUAAACAAGCAAACAAAUAAAAACAAACUUUUUGGAUUUUUCAUUACAUGGAGAAUUUAGAUACUUUUUUAAGUAUUCAUUUUUUGUUGAAAUUGGCUUUGUUGUGGAUUAUUUUAGUUCUUUCAUUUUCUCCCGGUGUUGGACAUCAGGUUCAAGUUUCAAAGAUUCAAACUUUUUAAAGGACGUUAAACAUUUUUUCAUCAUCUCAUAGAAAGCAUCUCAUUUUUUUUCUGAAUGACAGUCACCAAUUCUCAUGCAAGUGAUUUUUGAAUCAUUUUUUGACUUUAUAUCACCAUAACGCAGAAAACUUCUGAUGAAUAUAUUCAUGAUUCUUGUAAAUUGAACGCGAGUGUGAAGACUCUGAGAAACUGACCUCGAUGCAGACUGAAGGAACUGAACUGCAGUGACUUGAGCUCUGAUUGACUCACGCUUUGUGUUACCAAAAUGAACAAUAAGAGACUUUGUACAGAAGGCUUUUUUUUUCAUUGUUAUCAUCACAGCGGAUCAUGUAAAGUAUCCACUGAACAACUUUAAGGUUUGUCAGUGAACUUAGAAUCACCUGCUGCGCCUAACAUUCACGUUUUGGAUUUUUUUUUUCCGGAGGUGAUUCGAGGUCUUCAUUAGCUCCAACUUUAAGUGAAAACUGAAACCCUGCUCAUUUUUGAAAGCAUCUUAAGCUGACAUUUUGUAAACAAAUUCCAUCACAUGAGAAUAUUUAUCUGGUGGAAAGGAUUCUGUAACUGUUUGACUUUCACUCUAAUGCUUGCCAGUUUGAGCAAAAAAGGACAGUAAGGUCUUUUUCCUUAUCAUCAUCAUGUUGGAUCAUGUCACGCCUCUGAUGAACAUGUUACAUUCAUCAUUUUCCUGAAGUCAGUCAGUGAGGACUCAUUUAUCUAUAAAUGGCUCCAGUUUAACAAAAAAAAAGGUGACUCAGAUUCUCAGAUUUACUGUUUUUCAUUGUCAUGCUUCAUGACUGUGGGCCAUUUUAAUUUUGUCUAGCCACAGUUUACAUUUUUUUUGGUCAUCUGAUCAGGAAAAGUGUCCAAUACAAUUUUAAGCAAACUUGCUUUGAAACACUUUCUGAAAGAAAAAAAAAUUCUAACAUUGGCAAACUUAUACAGAAUUUUUUCUCCAUCAUCACUGUCAUUAUGUCAAAGUCUUCAGACCACGUGAAACGCCCAAUGAAUGCCUUCAUGGUCUGGUCUCGAGCCCAGCGCCGGCAGAUGGCACAAGAGAACCCAAAGAUGCACAACUCUGAGAUCAGUAAGCGUCUUGGUGCUGAGUGGAAGCUGCUAACUGACUCCGAGAAGCGCCCCUUCAUCGAUGAGGCGAAGCGACUCCGUGCGCUGCACAUGAAGGAGCACCCUGAUUACAAAUACCGGCCAAGACGGAAACCAAAGACACUCGCCAAGAAGGAGAAGUUUGCCUUGGCCCUGCCAUAUGGCAUGCACGCAGAAACAGAAACAUUAAAGCCCACAGCCGACUCCCUGGUGCGCACUUCGGACAGAGCAAGGAUCCUGUUCGCACCAUCCAUCUGUGCCAACCCAUACUCCUUUUUGGAUUUUGGAUCUAAGAUGGCUGACUUCUCUCCACCUCCGCCUCCUCCACCUCCUCUUCCCCCAGCAAUGCCGUCAUUUCCGUACCCAUCAUCGCUGAGUUUCCCACCUUUUUCUGGUGUUCACGCGCACACGAGCGCUCACAAUCCGGCCUUUUUGAUGCCUUGCAACUGUAGUGCAUGGCCUUCAUCGUCAUCAUCGCCAUCAUCAUCUUCGUCAUCUUCAUCAUCGUUUUCAACACCAUUGGCAUAUAUCCUACUGCCUGGCGUCGGAAAAGCACCGAUUGAGCCGUACCACACUUAUGCCACUGCAUUAUGAGACGAACAGCCAGCAUGUAACGACUCAUGAGGUUAUGAUGGAGAAUGUGCUCCAUAAAAACCCUAAAUGUGUGUGACAUGUGUGUGUCAAGAGAGAACAGUGUAUAGAGCACUAUAAAACACAAGAAAAAAGAUAGGACAUUUACUUUUAACGAUGCACACACUCAAUUGUGUGUGUGUGUGUGUGUGUGUGUGUGUGUGUGUGUGUGUGUGUGUGUAAUUUUUUUAACCUAUGAGGCAAAAAAAUGUAGAACUGUUUAAAGUGUUUAAGUGUGAGCAUGAAGUAUUUUUAACGUAACACAAUGUAGAAACUAAUAAACCACUGUGUGUCAUGCUGUGAUAGGAAAAUAAUGAACAACAGGAUGGUUUGAUGAAACACAGUGACUGGUAGCAUCUUGACAUUUCCAAUAACAGCAUAAACCCAAGUGUUUUUUCCUCUUACACCACCGCAGUUUCCCAAUGAUUACAAUUUCUCAUUUAUUAAUAAAUGAUGUCAUGCUUUUUUA